UAGAAACAAACGUGACUGCUUGGAAGUGGUUUGUUUGAAGUGUAGACCUGAGUUUAUUUGCUGAUAACGCCACAGUGUGAAUAUUUCGGGGAGUGAAGUAUUUAUCUGAGUCCAACAUGAGUUCGUCGAUGCCGCAGAAGCGUUACUACAGACAGCGAGCCCAUUCAAACCCGAUGGCUUACCACACGUUUGAUUACCCCGUGUGUCCACAGGAAAUGGACUGGUCUGAGCUGUAUCCACAUUACUUCCCUGGCAACCCCUCUGAAAAAGAGAGUCCUCGAGUUGAGUUCGCAGACAUUGGAUGUGGAUAUGGGGGACUCUUAGUGGAGUUGUCACCACUGUUCCCAGACAAGCUCAUCCUAGGCCUGGAGAUCCGAGUGAAAGUGUCUGAUUAUGUUCGGGAUCGCAUCCAGUCACUGCGGGCGUCAGAACCAGGGAACUACCAGAACAUUGCCUGCCUUCGCAGCAAUGCGAUGAAGUACCUCCCCAACUUCUUCUCGAAAGGACAGCUCAGUAAGAUGUUCUUCCUCUUCCCUGACCCUCAUUUUAAGAAGACCAAGCACAAAUGGAGGAUCAUUAGUCCAACGUUGUUGGCAGAGUAUGCCUACACACUGAGAGUCGGGGGUUUGGUGUACACCAUGACAGAUGUGGAGGAGGUGCACGUCUGGAUGGUGAAGCACUUCACUGAACAUCCACUAUUUACACGUGUCUCUGAGGAAGAACUGGUUGGUGAUGUCAUUAUAAGUCGAUUGGGCACCUGUACAGAGGAAGGAAAGAAAGUCCAGAGAAAUGGAGGGAAGAAUUUCCUUGCAGUUUUCCGGAGGAUCGAGGAUUUAAACUAAGACCAAAAUAGUUGGAAGUUUAAAAACUGAAACCAUUGUCUCAUGCAGUCAUCUGUUUGUGGAGGAUAAUGCCGCUCUGUGGCGCUGGAGGCUGCGGCUCAGUCCCCUGGCAGAUGAACAGUUCUUCUUGCGUUAAUGGACAAACAUUUACAUCAUCACUUGAUAGAAGAUUUGAGUUUUACACACCAUUUAUGGAUUUGAUCCAUCAUUUUACAAAGACAGCACAAGGGAAUUAAAUCAUAACAGGAUCUUUAUUCUGGCUUGACUCACAGUGUUGUGCAUUGCUUUUUUUACAUUAAUUUUUUAAUAGUCUUCAGAUUUUUUUUUGAUUUUUUUUUUUUUUUUGCAAAAGUGCUGCUUUUGGAUUCCAUGUGAAGCUAUAAAUUCUUAAAGUAAAACAAAAACUCAGUGUUGGGUUUGGUUCAUUGUGGAUAAUAUGAUGGGUUUUGUGUUGCAGCUAUUUUGGGUACAUGUCUUUUAACUUUAUUCCAAGAGGAGUUUAAUUUGUGCUCAUUACAGACAUCUCUUCUAAUCCUGCUGUUUGCUUUUCAUCUGAAACUCUUUUGAAAUGACAAACAUUUCUGUCCAGUGAUAUAACCGCGUUGGCUUUGUGGUGGUUAUUCACUGUAUUGGCAGAUGAAUCUGUGAUGGAUUAGACUGAGAAGUUUUCCAGUGAUCUAUGUCAAGCUUGUUUGUUAUGGGUCAUUGUCUGGUUUUAAAAUAAACCUGCAAGCUGCUACACGUCCUCCGAGAAGUGAAUGCAGCACAGAGUGUUCAGAGCGAUGGCUUUGACAAAAUCAUGUUGAAAAUGUUUGAAGAAGUUAUUCAGUCAACAACAUGUGGAUCUAGUUUAAUACAUAUACUUAAUACAUA